UGACUCGGACCAGCGCAAAAACAAACACGGCGAGGAAUGUAUAAAUGCGACUCCGUUUCAGCUUCGGAUAAUCGAUUGGAGCCGUUCGAUACAACCCGGACGUCCCCACUAGAAGUCACCCUCAUUCUACCGCCAUGAAUCUCGCGGCUCCGGCUCUGAUUUUCUGCGCCCUGCUCCUGCAGGAAGCCGCCGCCUCUCUGCGCGCCAGCUGCUCCGGGGAGCUCUGCUGCUUCCAGAGCCCAGCGGACUUCGAGGCCGCGGAGAGAAACUGCAAAGAGACGAACGGAAAGUUGAUCCAAUCCGACGAGCAGAUGGACGCGUUGAAGCGUCUGGCGAGAACGUUGACGGGGAGGUUCUGGCUGCGCGGUGGUACAAACUGCACCGCCGUGUCCGUGGGGGCCGGGCCCGGGGUCUCCGUAGGGCCGGAGCCGUGCCGAAGCACCCUGGACGGAUUCUUGUGUCUGUUUGACUCCUCUUCGGUUUGCGGAGCCUUUCAGAGCAGCGGAGGCACGUCGGUCACGUACAGAACCGUGACGGGCUUUGACGUGUUGGAGUCUGAGACGUUUCCCCCGGGUACCGUGGCCCUGGUGGGACGGCCCGGCGCUCAGUACCCGGACUCCAAGCACCUGUGCUCGUCCACAUGGUUACCGUCUCCGUGGUUCUGCGAGGUCUUCCAGGGCGGCUGCGAUCACGGCUGCAACAAAACCUCCAACACCUGCACGUGUCCGCUCGGGCGCUCUCUCCAUCCCAACAACAUCUCCUGCACGGAGCCCACUGCUGCCGUUCCCCCGGCUCAGACCCAGCGCUGCCCAAGGGGCUACAAGCCGGCGGCGGACGGCAGGCGAUGCGAGGACGUGGAUGAGUGCGCGGAGGCGCCGGAUCUCUGCGCAGGUGAGGGCGAGCAGUGCGUCAACCUGGACGGGAGGUACGAGUGCAGGUGCGCCGGCGACUUUGUGGAGGAGGACGGCGGCUGCGUCAACACGUCGAUCUGCUUGCUGUGCGAGCACAUGAAGUGCGAUAAGGUCGGCGGGGUGUACCGGUGCGGGUGCAAGGAGGGGUUCCGGGUGUCCCCCAAAAACCCCACCGAGUGCGAGCAGGACUGCAGCCAGGGCGCGUGCCCCGCGACCUGCGCCAGCAACCCGGCGCCGGACAAGAAGGACAUGCAGCAGUGCUUUUGCCCCCAGGGCUUCAUCCUGGACCUCGGGGACUCCCCCACCUGCCACGACAUCGACGAGUGCGACUCACAGGCGCUCUGCGACCACGAGUGUGUGAACCUGCCCGGUGGGUUCAAGUGUGCGUGCAGGAAAGGCUACCAGCUGCAGGACACUGAGAAGUGUGUUCGACUGCAGCAGGGAGGGGAGGAAGAGGAGGAGGAGGAGAGCGCAUCGGGGUCUCCUCUUGAUCUCGCCAGUACGCCGGUCAGCCUCCAACCCGCCGCCUUUCCGUCUUACGUUAAGACCGGCAGCGUCCUGGGCAUCAUCGUGUUCCUGGUACUGUGCGCGGUGCUGCUGGCCUGCGUGGUGAAACAGGCGUUCAGACGCUGCAUGUCGCUGGAGCUGAACUCCUUAAAACACCCGAACAUCGACAUUUUCUACCUGCAGCAGGUCACAACGGAGACGUACAAAAGAUUGUCGUUCGACAAGCAAUGUAGAAACGAGCCGCAAAGAGACUGAGGGGAGCGAUGCACCGAUCAGAUGCCCGUACCGAUGCAACGUCCGAUUCGUGCGAUGUUUCGAUUUUUCUCUCAAAACAUAAAACCCAACUGUGCUCCAGGUACAAUGAUAAUUCCUUUCUACAUAGUAGAAAGGAAUUACAAAACUCCAAAGCAUAAAAAUUGAUUUAUUUUAUUAUAUAAAUAAAAAUAUAAAAGAAAACAUUAUGUGUUUACGGACCAAAAUUAUGAUUUUUUUUCUCCUUUUUUUUGUUUUUUAGCUGUGAAGCAUUUCAUGUUAAGAUUUGCAGCCUAUUAUUAAUUAGAGAAAAUCGGUGCGUUUGGAUCGGGCUGAUCGGUGCAUCCAGGUUUGUCCUUGGAGGCAGAAAACAUCCUGAGGUCACAUCAUGUUCAAAACAUGGAAGUCAUACAAUUAGUGAAGCGAGAAAUGAAAAAAGCUCUAAGAUUUAUGUGUUUGGGGUUGGUUUUUGGUUUUGUUUUUUUAAACAGAAGUAAAACUAAUUUUGUCCCAUUUAUUAAAAAAAAUAAAAUAAAUCUUCAGUUAGAUCAGUUUCCAGUCAGGUACCGGACAGUUGCCUCAAGCUGCACUUCCCAACAUUUCCUAAACGCGCAACAUUCCACAUACCUAUUUGCUGCAUUUCUGAAGUUUAUUCUGCUUUAAUUCUCUUAACAAAGUUACAUUUAAUGUAAAGCUAAAAAAACAAAAACAACAACAGAUCGACACUGGAUGUGACUGAAGAAGAAGAAGAAAAAAAGAGCUGCCUGAUUGAUGGACCUUUGACCCCAGAACUGCAGAUCUUAUUGGGAGAACAGCUGACUGAUGAGUCGGGAGCCAUAAAUAUAAAGUGACAUUUAUGUUAACAGUUGAUGAAAGCUGGACUUUGGGUUUUUAAUGACCUGAAUCGUGUAAAAAAAAAAAAAAAAACAGAAAAAAAACAA